AAAUAAAUUCCAAUGCAAAACUAUAUCAUGUACUGCUGAUGAACACUGUAGAGCAGUUGGUUCAUCAUAUGCUUGUGUUCCAAAUGUGAGUUACGUUUAUAAAGAGCCCAUGUGCAUGCGGUGUGCUUAGAACAUCUGAUGUGUUUUCAAAGUGUCGUGGUAUGGUCAAUGUAGCCAUGUAUGAAGCCGCAUGCACAAAAGCAGCGUGUAUGCACAAGGAAUUUUUCCACUGGAUAGAUCGUAUGGUAGCUGGUUAUACAGCAGAAUGUGCAAUAAGGUCUUCGAUCGCAUUAACCAAUGUCAGAAGUGCAACGGGGCUAGAUAUGGUUUGCCCUGAUAAUUCCCAUUAUACAAUGAAUAUGCAACCAUGUAUGCCAACAUGUGGUGACAAGACAGCAUCAAUUUGCAAAGCGAAUAGGCAUGUAGCCCGUUUCAUGGCACAGGAAGGUUGUGAGUGCAACACCGGUUUUAUUAGAAGUGGAUUAAAAUGCGUGCCUGAAGAUAAAUGUGGUUGUACCGGCACCAAUGGGUUGUAUGUGGAGCACGGUGACAGUCGAACGAUAGGAAAAUGUGACAGAAAAUGUCAAUGUAGGAACGGGGUAUGGAACUGUGCUGCAGAACAAUGUUUUAGCAACCAAUACUGUGGUUUAAGACUUGGAAAAUUUGGAUGUCAUUUUACUGAUGAAUGCAAAUACAACAACGGUGGUUGUAGCCACAUAUGUUCGGUGUGCAAAGGAACAAUUGAAUGCAAAUGUCCUGCUGGGUUCGGAUUAGACACUGAUAAGAAAACUUGCAAAAAAGGAUUGACAGAGUGUACAAGCCUAUUAGAUGAAUGGAAAGUAAGUUACGCAGAUUGGAAACAGAACUUCAACAAUGAUUGGAGACAAAGUUACAAUGCUUAUUUAGCCAACAGUGCCCUUCCUACACCAACAACAUCAUCCAAUUCCUUGUUCUACUGGAGCAAAUGGUUCGACACUGAUGAUUCAACUGGUGGUGGUGACAAUGAAAGUUUGGAAAGAAUUUUGAAUUUUCACCCAAAUGAAGUUUGUACAUCACCCCUGGCAAUGGAAAAGAAAUUAGUCAGUGGAAGUACUACUGCUGCUCAAUGCCUUGCUGGUAGUGGGAAUAUUCAACUACGAACAGAGAGUGCUUAUAUGGGUUUGGUUUGCGUUGAUUCAGAUCAAAUGACAGGAGUUCGUUGCCCUGAUUAUUCUGUGAGGUUCCUAUGCAUGAAGUGAUCUAAUUAUACCUGUCUAGUACUAGUAGGGUAGGGCAUGAUGGUAACAUUAGAACAUACUUUUAAACAACUGCUUUAAAUUUUGUAAAUCUGGUAAUAUUUUUGUACUUAUAUUGUUAAAAAAUUCUUGUAUAAACCUAAAAAGAUCGAGUGCAAAAACACUAAAAGCAAACAAAAAUUAAGUCCAAUAAAUGGUGUUUGAAAAACGUAUAUAUACUUCAUAAAAAAGAGUAUUACCACUUCGAAUAAGAGACUGAUAAUACUAAUUAUUGUCAAAAUAUAUUUAUGUUUGGUAUAUUCACUGUAAGUUAGGCUCAAUAUUUGUAUAUGACAUAUUUUGUCCAUUACUUAUAAGUAAAACUAAAAUUGUUAAAAAAACUAUGUUUUUUAAAUUGAAUUAAACAAAAUUAUUUUAAAAAUAUAUUGAACUUCAUAAAAUGUAGCCAUCUUGCCCUGCCAUAUCUAUACAUUGUGUAAUCCUAAUCUUGUACCUAAUUAUAUUGUAGUUGAUAUUAUUAUAUAAAAUUCUGUUUUGGUUGUUAGUAUAAAUUAUAAAAGAUGUAAUGUUUUACAAAUAUAGCCACAGUACUGUAGCGUGAAUAAAAUUAAAA